CUGCUGCUGCAGGAGGGCCCCGGGGCGAGCGGAGCAUGGAGCGGCGGCCACCGGCUGCGGCCGCGGGGCUGGGCAGCGCCGUGCGCCGCCCGCCGCACUAAGGCGGUGACGAGCUCUGAGGCGAAACGAGGCGGCGAGCCGAGCCCCGUGGCUGUGUGUGAGCGCGACUGAGGCGGCAGCGGCGGCUCCUCCCGGAGGGUUUCUCGGGGCUGUGCGCCUUCUCCCCUCGCCCGGGCAGAGGCGGGCUGCCGGCGCUCCCCCGCGGGCGGCAUGAGAGCGGCGCCCUGAGGGACCGGCGGAGCGGGGCUCGCCCCGAGCAAGCCUCCCUCGGGGGCCGCGGCCGGCGGAUCGGGCUCGGCUGGGACCUGCCAUGCCUGCCCUGGCUCCUCCCAUGGCAUGAGCCCGUGCUCUCCUCCCCUCUCCGCCUGCUUUUGGUCUUUCUCCGAUCCUGGGCUGUCAGAUGGGAUAACGCGCACCCGGGCGUGCGGCGCUCGGCGAGGGAGCGGUGGAGGUAACUGGUGACGGCCGUCGGCUCGCCCGGAGUUGAAGAUGAGCUGGCGGUGGCCUCGCCAGCACGGGAACGGCGGCUCCUCCGUCCUGUUGCUGCUACUGCUGUGGCACUGCCGGGUCCUGCCGGCCGGCGCCGAUAACGCCAGCCAGGCGUACUACACCGCCCUCAUCAACGUGACGGUGCUGAGCCCCGAGCGCGGUGGCCCCACGCUGCUGAGGAUCGACCGCGGCCGCUACGGACAGGAUUCCCCCAAGGUGGAGGUCAAGGGCCUGCUCGUGGCUCCCGUCCCCAUCAACGGAGUUGCAGAUCGCCUGGGCUGUGACCCUCGAACACGUUUUCAAGUUCCACCAAACACCAAGCAGUGGAUUGCUUUACUACAGCGAGGAAACUGUACAUUUAGAGAGAAAAUACUGCGAGCAGCUUCACAUAAUGCCUCAGCUGUGGUCAUUUACAACAAUAUAUCCAGUGAAGAACCUGUUACAAUGACCCAUCAAGGGACUGGAGACAUUGUUGCUGUCAUGAUUACAGAAUCAAAGGUUAAGGAGAUCCUGAAUUACUUGGAGAAGAAUAUCUCUGUCCUGAUGGCAAUAGCAGUCGGGUCCCGUGUUCCUCCUAAAAACUUCAGUCGGGGCUCUCUAGUCUUUGUGUCAAUAUCAUUCAUUGUUUUGAUGAUAAUUUCUUCAGCAUGGUUAAUAUUUUACUUCAUCCAGAAGAUCAGGUAUACCAGUGCACGUGACAGGAAUCAGCGUCGUCUUGGAGAUGCUGCCAAGAAAGCCAUCGGUAAAUUGACAACCAGGACAGUAAAGAAAGGUGAUAAGGAAACAGACCCAGACUUUGAUCAUUGUGCUGUCUGCAUUGAGAGUUACAAGCAGAACGAUGUUGUUCGCAUUUUACCAUGCAAGCAUGUUUUCCACAAAGCCUGUGUGGAUCCAUGGCUUAGCGAGCACUGUACAUGUCCAAUGUGUAAACUGAACAUUUUGAAGGCACUGGGAAUUGUGCCAAACGUGCCAUGUACAGAUAACGUAGCCUUUGACAUGGAGAGGCUCACCAGAGGCCAGCCAGCGAGCAGGCGAUCAGCACUCGGUGAUUUUGCCAAUGACAGCUCUCUCAGCCUGGAGCCCCUGCGCACCUCUGGGAUGUCACAGCUUCCACAGGAUGGGGAGCUAACGCCAAGGUCAGGAGAGAUCAACAUUGCUGUGACAAAAGAAUGGUUUAUUAUUGCCAGUUUUGGCCUCCUCAGUGCCCUUACACUCUGCUACAUGAUCAUCAAAGCCACAGCUAGCUUGAAUGCUAAUGAAGCAGAAUGGUAUUGAAGAAACGCUUUCCGGCCGAUUGCCUUGGAGAGAGACACCUAUUUUUAUGCAUCAUUUAUCGAUCAUGCAGCACAAGCAAUUAUUUAGUACAUUCUAUUUUUUCAUAAAAUUUGCUGAUGCCAAAGCUUUGUAUUAAGGAAAAAGUGAAGAAAUAAAAAACCCCCUUUAAUUAUGAAA